UUUAACGCCGUCUGUCGCAGGAGUUUCAUUCAGACAACCAAACCCAGUCUGCCCAUGGCAGACGCACUACAAGAGGAGGGAAUCCCCGGGUCUCGCCUCAUUCCUGAUUAAUUUGCAUCACAGUUGUUGCGUCCACAGGCAUGGCACUGUCCUAGCGUAGUGAGGAACACGAAGUGACAAGACCGGGGACAUUUGGCUACAACUAAUGCGAAACCGCCUGUGUACUUUUCAUACAGUAGAAUAUCUGAGGAUCUUCAAGUGAAUAUAAAAAUAAUUUCCAUUAAUGAGGUGCGUGUUUCACCCAAGCAAGGCAACGGUUCGUUUUUAUUAGAUAUUUCACUACUUUAAAUUUUAAGCAAACGUUCAAUUUGGGAAAAAAACUAAAAAGCAGCGAGACCAAGGAUUUAUUGGCAUGUUGUAUUCUUACAGGCAGCCACCAAGUGACUUCGACAUGGCGUUAAGCGGAACGCUUUUGCCAUCCAUAUCGACAUUUGCAAGUGGCACCACCAGCAAGAACAAAUCAACGGGACCGGGAACAGCGAGCUCAAGAUGGAAAGAGGAACUCUCCCACCUUAGGAGAUCCUGUGUGCCUACAGGUGGUGGUUGUCCAGAACAGGAACUCAUUGCUGGGAUGGCUAAGAAAGAGCCAGAGGACCUGGACCAACUGGAUUAUGAUUUUAUCCUCUCCAACACCAUGCUACAACAACAGCAGCAACAGGACGCUGAGGCCAGCAGCUCUGGAAAUCGGCCUCCUUCUACAGGGUCCUACUCCUAUCAGGGCAGUGUCAAUGAAAUCCUAUACACCAUCCCUGACAUAAGUGAUGUGUCUCCCUCAGGGGGCUUUGUGGCUGAGCUUAUGAGGCCAGACCUGGACCCUGCGUACCUGCAGCCCACCAACCUACAAGGGAAAUUUGUGGUCAAAACCACCAUGGACAUGGCGGACUACAGCCCAAGUGUAAACAUCAGCAAGAGCAGCGCCGUCUUGAACUCGGCCUUGCCCUUUGUUUGCCAUCGGAUAAAGCAGGAGAACCCCAGCACGUGCACCGUCGGUCACCCGCUGGACCACCAGCACGGGGUGAGCUUGCGCCCCGGGAGCAGCCAAAGGCUCCUCCUCGGCACUCACAGUUUCUCUCCAGGACGGCCCGUGGGGGCCGCCCGGCCGCCCGCGUCCCUCUCCUCGGGGGACCUGCUGAGCAGAGACCAUCACCCCUCUCCUCAGGUCUUAAGUCGCCCUCCACUGCCUGUCCCCCAGGGCUACCACGCCUCAGCGGGCUACUCCCCCUACACUCAACCUCCGCCCCUCCAGUACCAAGAGCUCAUUCCCCCGGCAGACUGUUUGCCAGAGGAGCCCAAACCCAAAAGGGGGCGCCGCUCCUGGCCCAGGAAACGGAUAGCCACCCAUACAUGUGACUACGAAGGCUGCGGCAAAACCUACACCAAGAGCUCCCACCUCAAAGCACAUCACAGAACGCACACAGGAGAAAAGCCUUAUCACUGUGACUGGGAGGGUUGUGGCUGGAAGUUUGCCCGCUCCGAUGAACUAACACGCCACUACAGGAAACACACAGGCCAUCGCCCUUUCCAGUGUCAGAAAUGUGACCGGGCCUUCUCAAGGUCAGACCAUCUCGCCCUGCAUAUGAAACGGCACUUAUGAGGCAUGACAGAAUUAAGGAAAGUGGCAAAAAAGAACAAAUCUGUGGCCUUACACCACAUACUGCCUUCGAACAGACGUGCCAAAUGACCAGCUGUGUUGCCCACGGUAAAGAACUUCGAACAAAGGUUGAACUUCAGGUGUUUCCAUCGUCUUCCAAUAGACUGGAUAUUUAUAGAAAUUUCUUACAGAAUUUCUUUUUUUGGGACUAAACUGGAAUUCUAAUUUAUACACGACAAAACCUGGAAGACCAGGUGCCAAAAUAUGACUGGAAAUGCAUGACUAUCAGGGAAAAAUGAAAUGAAUUAAAUGCAAAAUAACUCCAUGAAAUAAGGCUUUCAACCCAGAAACAUUCCAUUUGUCUUCACAAGAACACACUGUUCAACAUUGUAUUAUACAUAUAUUUUUAUACUGCUCUUGCAAGCCAUUGAAUUCAGGUACAAAAUAAUUUAUAGUUAUAUGUAACAGGAUGGUGCU